AUGGAUCAAACAGAAAACCAGAAGCAGAAAUCUUUGAGUCAGUUUCUGAAAUCUGGGUUUCAUAGAAGACUGACUCAUUUGUUUCUCUCAGUUUCAGUCUUUUCCCUGUUCUUUUCCUAUUCAUAUUGGCUUUCUUUGCUCCACUCCUUUAGCUUCAACUUCCAUGAUUCACUUCCUUUCCAGUUGUUUAGCCAUGCCAUAGACAAAAACUGCAUAUUCCUUGUUUGCAAUGGAUUGCUUGUUUUUCUUGCCAAAUACUCAGGUCUAAUCUGUUCUUCAUCUAUGUACAAUGAUGAUGAUGAUCAAUCUUUCAAGAGCUAUGAAGAUGUUCCACGUGCUGAUCAGUCGCUUGAUUUGGAGCCAAAAGCACCAUUGUUGAACGAUAAAGCUGCCUUGGGGAGCACCGUUGACGAGGCAAUAAAAAACAGCGUUGAGAUAGUAGAGGAAGAAGAUAAUAAAUGGGGUUUGGAGAUACCUGUGGAAGAAGAUGAGGAAGACAUUGGAGAAAGUGAAAACAAUGAAGAGGAAGAAGAAAAUGGGGUGCUGAGUACAGAAGAGCUAAACAAAAGGUUUGAUGAAUUUAUCGCAAAGAUGAAAGAAGAACUCAGGAUCGAAGAUUGA